AUGGAAGCGAAGAGUGCUGCCUCUGAAUCAUUCAAUCCUUUGAACGACAAAACCGUAAAGGCAUAUGCUAGUGAAGUGCGAAAAAUGAUUGAGUCAGCGGAUAUCAUAAUCCAGGUUUUGGACGCUCGUGACCCGCUUGGAAGUCGAAGCAGUUCUGUUGAGCAACAAGUUAUCAGCAGUGGUAAACGUCUUGUUCUUCUUCUAAAUAAGAUCGACCUUGUUCCGAGGGAAAAUGUUACAAAGUGGCUUACGUACUUGCGGGCCCAAAUGCCGACAAUUGCAUUUAAAGCUAGCACUCAAGAACAGAACACCAACAUC